UGCCUCGGUUUCAAACCAGGUCAAAGCAAAGAGGCUUCACCUGCAGCUCACAGUCACAACAGGGAUAUUCUUCCCACUGUGUCCUGGUUCUGUCGUCUGACCAUGGAGGCCCAGCGGUAUCCCAUGAGCGUGAGUUUAACCGGAGUGCUGCACAAGGAGAAGAGCAAAAUGUACAUGACCUCCGUGCUGUGGUCGGAUCAGAGUGACAUCGUUGUUUACAGAACUUUUCAGGAGUUCAAGAAAUUCCACAAACAAAUGAAGAAGGCCUUCCCAGCAACUAGUAAAGUGGAAAAAUCUGAUAGAAUCAUCCCAAGGUUUCGAGACAAGGAGACGAAGCGGGUCGGUCAGAGGAAGGGUCCCAAGAAAUCACUCGUGCGCCUCAAAGUCUUGCAGAAAUACUGCAACGAGCUUCUGAGCUGCGACCCGCGGGUCAGUCAGUGUGGAGACCUCAUCCAGUUCUUCCACCCCAAAGACCAGGACCUGCAGCCAGAGUUCUCGAAGAACGGCAUCAUCAUCAUGCCAUCGGAAGAUGAACUCAGGGUCGACGCAGGAAACCUCAACGGCGGCAACGUAACCCAGCCGUUUGUCACAGAGACGUACAGAUGUGUAGCCUCAUACGAGACCAAAGACACCAAGAACAAACCUUUCAAAGUGGUGGUGGAUGAAAAAGUGGACGUACUGAUAAAGGAUAAAGCAGGGUGGUGGCUCGUGGAGAACGAGGACAAACGGAUGGCCUGGUUCCCUGCCCCCUAUUUGGAGAAGCUGGAUGAUGAUUAUGAUUAUGAUGAAACAGAUGGGACUCCUGAAAGAGGAACGCUGUGCACCGCAAUCAAGAGCUACAAGGCCACUAAAGACGAUGAGCUGACUGUGAACAUCGGUACAAAGGUGGAGGUCCUGCAGAAGUCUGACAACGGCUGGUGGCUCAUCAGAUAUGAUGGUAAAGCAGGUUACGUCCCCUCCAUGUACCUGCAGCCCUACAGCCACCCUCACAUCCGCAUGCCAGUCCACCAUCAAGACCGUCGCACCUCCUCUGUGCUACCGGCCUACUCCUCGACACUGGCACAGUCUCACCAGCUCAGUCACUCCCAUGGAAACCUGCUGCAGCUUCCACCCACCAGUUCCUCAUCCUCCCACCCACCCCAACCAGACAUGAAGGAGAGGUCUCGCUCUCUCAACGUCCUGUCUGAGCCACCUCCUGCUCAGACAGCCCAGAGUACCUCUGCCACCAACAUUGCCACCGCAGCCGCCCCUGCAAAACACUCUCCUCCUCCCACCAUCAUGGUGGAAAUGGACGGAGAGGAGGAGCGUGGCAGGAGCCUGAGGGCAGACAGUGAGGCGAGCUUUGUGAGCAGCAGCAGCAGCAGCGAAUUCAGCUGCGACGACCUCAGUUCCUCCUCAGCAAGCUUGUCCCUGAGCCAGAGCGCCACUGGUGAACAGCUGCACCUCAGCCGUACGCCUCCACCCACUGCGAGCAACAACCUCAGCCCAACUUACAGCACAGAGAGGAAAAUACUUCCUAGUGUCUCUGAUCCCAACCUUUACAAAGGGACCUCCACGCCUAAGGUGCCGCCCAGGCCGCAGCCUCGGGAGAUCCUCACCCGCUGCACCACCAUCACCCGCAAGAACGUGGGCAGAGGCCUGUCUCCCACACAGACUGAGAUACUGAGCCAGUGAAGAUUCAACUGACACAAUUUGAACUGUCAAGGAACCUCAUUUAUUCUGUAGAUAAAAGUUCUGCUGAGUUUUGUUUAGUUUUAUUCUCAGAUAUUCUGCUGCAGUUAUCAAAACAAGGGAGAAAGAACUGGAAUUAAGAGUCACUGCAUCAUAUAGUGUGAGAGGGCUGUGGGAAUAUAUAACAGGAACUAAGUUACGUCUCUUUAAAACUGCAUAGAAACACUUUUCUUCUUGUCUUCCGUGAGUAAUGAACAUGUUUUCAACUUUCGUAAAGUCUGCUAAAUUUACCAGCUUACACCAAUAAAUGAUUAAUCAGGUCACAGUAAACAUUCUGAACCCACCUCUUUAUUAUCUGCUCGAAAUGGUUUAUUUUCCAUAAUGGAAACCCGUGUUGUGCCUUAUAUGCAUUUGCACUGUGUAGAGUGCAAGAGUGUGAUUAAUUUGUUCUUUUACCUGCAAAAGAUACAAAAGCAUGAAAAGCCAGCGUGUCCAGGCUGUUGUUGAAGUAACUUUAAAAUAAAAAACUUGAAGAAUGG